GUUUUCUCACAGAUUCUCUUUGCUACCUGUAUCAUUUUCCUCUCAACGAGAGAUACUUCUCAUAUUAAAUUCAUAAAAAAACACACUGAAUUCAACAGAUGGGUUUGCUAUCCCAGGGAACUCCCUUACCAUUUGAGCAAUCUCAAAAGUACUCUUCCUUGGUUCACCAUCAUGGAAGAAUCCAAUUACUCCAAAUGUUUAAAUCCAACCAAAAUCGGAAUAACAGCCCUUUUUUAUGGGGAGACGAAGUUGAAUAUUUCCUUCUUUUUUUUGAUAAUAAAGAUUACAAUAACAGAAAUGCUUCAUUAAGUAUUGAUAGUGACUACAUUCUCGAUGAACUACAAAACUCCGAUAAAACCACUCAGAGCUUAGAUGUUUCAUUUCAUCCCGAAUAUGGGAGAUUUAUGUUGGAGGCUACUCCUGGAAAUCCCUACAACGGCUCUGUUUUUUCUGAUUUUCUCUACGUUGAGAAGAACAUGAUUUCUCGAAGAAACAUUAUAUUGGACUUCUUAAAUAACAGAAACAUUCCCGGAUACAAAAACUCCAAUAAAGAUGUCUAUCCUUUAACUUUAACUUCUUUCCCAAGGUUGGGUUGUUCCAAUUUUACCUUUCCACAAUCUUCUAAUCACUUGGAUAAAUCAACUGAUGCCGCCAAAUCAUUAUUUGUGAAUAACAAAGUAAUUAAUCGUCAUCCCAGAUUUGCCACUCUCACCAAAAACAUCAGGAACAGAAGAGGUUCAAAAGUUUCGAUAAACAUCCCUUUAUUUAUUGAUCAACACACUAAUUCAUCCACAAUCGAUCAAUCAAUAACGAAUAGGCUGAUAUAUUUUGAAGAUAAUGAGCAUCUCCUAGGUGCUGCCAAACCUAAUCAUAUAUAUAUGGAUGCAAUGGUCUUUGGUAUGGGCUGCUCUUGUCUUCAAAUUACGAUGCAGGCCCCCAACUUAUCUCGGUCUAGAUACCUCUACGACUCCUUAGCUCCACUCACUCCAAUAAUGCUUUCCUUAUCGGCUGCUGCUCCUGUUUUUAGAGGCUUUUUGUCUAAUCAAGACGUGAGAUGGAAUGUCAUCUCCAUGGCUGUCGAUGAUAGAACUCCCAUUGAAAGAGGUGUCAAUCCAUUGGAUUCAAAUCACAAACCAUCCGGUGGUAUCAAUGGAUUGCAAAUCAAUAAUCUAAUCAGAAUUCAGAAAUCAAGAUACGAUUCCAUUGACCAGUAUCUUGGAGGCUCUCCAAACUUCAAGUCUCUCUAUAACGAUAUAAAUUCAGAAAAAGAUUCUUCCACUUUUAACUAUCUAAUACAAAAUGGCUUUGAUCACCAAUUAUCUAGUCACUUUGCUCAUUUAUUCAUAAGAGAUCCAAUUAGCUUGUUUUCUGAAAAGAUAAAACAGGAUGACUCCAUUGAUACUGACCACUUUGAAAAUAUCCAAUCUACCAACUGGCAAACCUUACGUUUCAAACCUCCUUCAACUGUCACAACUGAAGAUGAUUUUUCUAAAUCCCCAGGUUGGAGAGUUGAAUUUAGACCUAUGGAAAUUCAAAUCACAGAUUUCGAAAAUGCUGCUUACUCGGUAUUCAUGAUCUUAGUUGCUAGAGCAAUCUUAAAAUACAAACCAAAUUUUUACAUUCCAAUAUCAAGUAUUGAUGCAAAUAUGAAAUUAGCUCAUAAUGUCAACAGUGCUUUGAACGAAAAAUUCUACUUUCGCAAAGAUCUUACUUUUGAAAAUCUCACUUUUGAUCAAAUGGAAACAACUAAUGGCAGCAAAAAUAUAAAUAAACAACUGUUGAAUGGCUAUGUCAAUCAGAAGACCAAAGAAACUGAUUCAAAUGGUAAUGGUAUCCAUAAAGCCAAUGGGAACACUAUCAAUGGAAAUGGAAUUUGUAAAGCUAAUGGUAUUUUCAAAGCUAAUGGGAAUGGUAUUUGUAAAACUAAUGGAAAUGCUUUAAAUGGUAAUAAAAAUUUCAGCCAUAUACAACAAAAGUACUCCGUUAAUGAAAUCGUUAAUGGAAGUAAAUCGUUCAUUGGUUUAAUCCCGUUUGUCAAACGAUUUUUAAAUGAAGAAUUUGCUCAAGAAAUGAACUCUAAACUGGAAAAAGAUCUUGCUAAUAAAGAAAGAAUUUUCAUGUAUCUUUUGUUGAUAGAAAAGCGUGCAUCAGGAGAAAUACCAACCAUUGCAUCCUAUAUCAGAAACUUUAUCUUGACGCAUAAAGACUAUAAAAAGGACUCAGUAGUUAGUGAAACCAUAAACUACGAUCUUUGUAUGAGAGCGAAAAGCAUAACACAGUUGGAUAAUGAAGAAAUACUAAAUGGGUUUUUUGGGCUUGAUAUCACACAGUUUUUACUUCGUUCAAAAAUAUAGAAUUCUACAAUUUUUGUUAAAUUAAACAUUCAUAGAUUCAAAUACAUCAAUAUUCGCAUUAUAGAUCGUUUUGAUAUGACAGUUUUGGUUUGUGAUUUACACAGUGCACUCUUUCUCCAGUUCUUCCAUAAUCUAAAGUAACAAAAUGGGACACUCUCAGCUUCUUUGGGGUUUGGACGAAAAGCCGCUGGGCAACGCCGGCGGGCAU